UCCUGAAGAGGGUGUCUAUGUCGAAGGCUGUCUCCAAGAACGCAAUACUCUGGAUGGAGCACAUGAGAUCUUCCUCCUCCCUUCCUUCAUCACUCUUCUUAUCACAUAGUUCACCUCUCUAAUAAUAAUCUAAUUUUGUGACUCCCAACUCCCUUGUUUGCUUGGUCGUCGUCUCUCGCCUGCAAUCUUAGUAGGAUUGAUUGUGGCUUGCCUCACCUCAGACCCUGACACAAGCAUCAGGGAGAAGGAAGGAUACUUCACAGCCAUGACAAGGAGGAAUCCUCCGGUGGUCUCUCUUCUUCUCCCUCUCCUGGCAGUUGCAACCACCAGUCUUGCACAAGACUUCGAUUUCUUCUACUUCGUUCUGCAGUGGCCGGGAUCGUACUGCGACACCGCGAAGAGCUGCUGCUAUCCGACCUCGGGGAAGCCGGCGGCAGAUUUCGGCAUCCAUGGCCUCUGGCCCAACUACAACGAUGGUUCCUAUCCGUCUAACUGUGAUCCCAACAACCCUUACGAUGCUUCCAAGGUGAGGGACCUGUUGAGUACCAUGCGACAGAAGUGGCCGACCCUAGCGUGCCCAAGCAGCGACGGCACCCAGUUCUGGACCCAUGAGUGGGAGAAGCACGGCACCUGCUCCGAGUCCGUCCUCGACCAGCACGGCUACUUCCAAGCAGCUCUCAAGCUGAAGAAACAGGUGGACGUUCUUCGGAUCUUACAGGAUGCAGGGAUUCAGCCCGAUGGUGGCGAUUACAGCUUGAAGAGCGUCGUGAGCGCCAUCAGCGACGCGAUCGGUUACACCCCGUGGAUCGAGUGCAACAACGACGAGGCGGGGAACAGCCAGCUGUAUCAGGUUUACCUGUGCAUCGACGCUUCGGCGGCGAAACUCAUCGAGUGCCCGGUGCUUCCACGGAAGAGGUGUGGUUCCGAGAUCGAGUUCCCGUCCUUCUGAGAUGCCGGCGCUUUCUUCGUCUAGUCUGUUCCCUGUGAAAUAAAUUCAUCGAUGAUGUGCUGUCGGACAAACGAAUUGGUCAACUUAUAUAGUCUUUUACCAAGUUGUGUUCCGUUUGCAUUAUUAUUAUUAUUAUUAUUAUUAUUAUUAUUACUACAUGUUAUUCUAAAUAUUUAUGUUU